CGGGGGCGGGGCUAUCAGCGCGAAGGCGCAGUCGCCAUUUUGUCCGUUUAGUGAAGCUGGCUGGGAGAACCGUCGACCGGGGGACUUAGGAACAAAUCAAGUUUUUAACAGUCAAAACCUUAAAACGGUAGAAACCGUGAAGUUGAAUUUCGCAUUCGCCCUGUAAUCCUGGUUGGUAAAAAACGCUUUCCUGAUCAUUUUGUUUUGUUCAUUCUCUUGUAACUUAGUUUUAUCUCUGUUUUGUUAAACCAUACGUGUGUAUAUUAUUUACUAAAGAACAUCACUUUGAUAACUUGCUGUAGUACACUGCUCAAAAACGUUAUGGGAACACUUAAAUAUCACAAUAUGACAGUACCACAGUUAGGAAAUGUAACCAAUCAUCAAUGUUCACCUGCUUUAGUACAAAUUAAUUUGCUGAAAUGUGCAGCGGGGAGACAACAGCAGCAAAAGAGCCCCCAAAAAAUACUGUCUAAUCUGAAUCCUUCCUGAUUGAUAAUUUUCUAGUCUUGCUCUUUUCUAGUAUGUCAGUACUGGUAGCAUGAGUCAUUACCUGCACCACUUUCAGUUUGCAUAGGUAGUUAGUCCAGCUCUUGCAGGAUGUUACAUUCAAACCUGCUGUCUGUCGCAAAGAGGUUUGCUGUGUCUUCCAGCACAUUCCCAAGAGCAAGAAGGAAGAUACAAAUAGACAUGCAGUUACACGAGGAGAGCUGGACCAGUAUCUGCUUUUAAGAGCAUGAAGGAGCACUGGCAGAGCACUACAAAGUGACCUCCAGUGGGUUGCUGGUGUGCAUGGUUCUGAUCAAAAUGUCAGAAACUGGGUCCAUGAGAGCCCAAUGCGUGCCUAGCACCAUACAGCUCGAUUGGCAUUCGCCAAAGAACACCAUAUUUGACACUGAGCACAUGUGCAGAUAUGAACGAGAUUAGAAUAGUGAACCCAUUACACUUUACUGAGUAGUGUAUGAGUGUCAUUUGUUCCUUAACGAAUGGCACAAUUUAUAUCGGUAACAGUUUUCACUUUGUGAUUUAAGUGUUCCCUUAAUUUCUUUAAACAGUGUAGUUAAUCAAAGUGGGAGCAGGCCAGCUGACAAAUCUCUACAUUGUUGUUGGGGCAAAUUGUUAGGGUUGUUAGUCGUAGGUGAUUGGGGUGCAAUUGUUUCACAUUUUGUUAAUUUUUAAAGCAUUUUAUCUGAUUACAAUUUGUGGAUAUUCCUUAUUUGUGCAGUGUGCUUUGCACAUAAAAAAAAACAUUGAUUGCUAUUUGCAAAUCUAACCAAAAAUUGAUCGACAAGGUGAAAAAGUUUCAGGAUACCCGUUUAUAUAAUUUUGUAUAUUAUAAUUAUAUUAUAAAACACUGUCCUGUGACUUUUGACCCUGUGUUAUGAAAAGCUGAAAUUCUGAAACCCUAUAAACCUUUGUCCCCACCAAAUGAUAGGUUAGUUUAUUUAUCAUGUGCAUUUUUUGUGUCCUCAUAGCAAAUGUUUGACAUUUUAAUGUUUUUGUGCAUUUCUCAGUCAUACCCACUUUCACCAGCCUGUGGGAAGUGUUUUUCUUCUUCUUUUUAAAUGUAGGUUGUUCAUGAAGAAGUUGUUCAAUCCGGAAGUAGCUGGAUUUGGAUACAGGCUGACUUUGCCUAAAGGCUUCCCCUGAAGAUUGCCCUUUUUUUAAAUAUCACAUCCACAUUUUUUCCCCCCAACAUUGGGCGUUUUUUUGUCAUCCCGAAUUUUGCCACAAUUUCAAAUUCUACCUCAGUUAAAUUUUCUCACUUUCUCACACACCAAAUUAUCACCCUGUGUUUGAAGAUAGAGGAUUUCUGCCCCCUCCCCACUCACCUUCAAGAUUUUUGUUCCCAUUCUCCUUGGCUCUCGACAUCUAGCUUGAAGAUAUUUGUGCCCUCAAACCCAUUCUCCGCUUUCAGAAGUCUUUAUUGAGGAAAAAAAAGAAAAAAAAAAAAAAAAAAAAAACACAAUCACAAAAUGGACUUUUCACCUUUUCACCACUGAUCACUUUUUACAAAGCAGUCUAUGGAGAGCAGGUCUCUUACAGAAGGAAACCUAGGCCACAAGUAGCCUGUCUCUCGCCCUGUUCAAUCUUUACUCAUCGGUCAAGUGUUCCUUCAGGAUCCAAACAGCUUGGAGCCAGCCCUGAAGAAGUGCACCUGGAAACGACGUGUCCACGGCAGGGAGACUUCAGACGGCCCUGUCGCAGCACUGAAGAGUUCCUGAGCUGCGAUAUUCCCUGGCGCUGAUGAGUAUGAACAACAAAGGAGAUGACUGCUACUUCUUCUACUAUUCGACCUGCUCCAAGGGUGAUAGCUGCCCAUUCCGGCACUGCGAGGCUGCCAUGGGUAGUGAGAUUAUGUGCAGCCUUUGGCAGGAGAAUCGUUGUUUUCGCAACGUUUGCAAGUUUCGCCACAUGGAAAUAAAAAAAAAUCGUAAAGAAAUAGCUUGCUACUGGGAGACCCAACCAGGUGGCUGCCAAAAACCACACUGUGCUUUCCAUCAUGAGAAGUCACGCAUGAUUGAUGGGAUGUACGUCCCCCCAGACAAAGGGCAAGCCAUGAAAAAAGAAAUCGAGGACGAGCCUCCACUGGAGGACCGCGCUCCAUCACUUCCAGUCCCCGCCUCCAACGCCACCAACCCCCAGCUAAGAGGGGUCAUCAAAUCUGAGACUCAGGAGAGCGUUCCCAGCCCUACACAUCCACCAGUGGUUAUUAAUCCUGUGGAUGAUGAAGAUGACGAAGAUGAUCAGAUCUCUGAAGAGGGAGAUGAAGUUUCCAGCGUUUCUCCUCAAAAACGUAUGAGUCCUAGUAAAGAUGAUUCUCUCAACUUUGGCAUCCGAACUUUGGAGGAGAUCAGAUUAAGGAAAGCUUUGAAAGCUAAUCUAAAGAAAUCAGGCUAUCCCAGUAGUAACGGAGCUGGCACAGAAAAGGAAAAUAUUCGAUUUCUCAGAUUACAAGCUGCUGUCACUACUAAGACUGAGUUUCCUGCUUUUGAAGAUCCUGGAAAAAGAAAAAUUACUGACAGACUUGGAAAAAGAAUUCACAAAGAAGACAUCCCUGUGGAACCUCAGCUGAAGGUCAGCCUUGCUAAGCGCCUUGGUGGAUUUGUAGAUUCGCCUCAGGACACAGAUCUACCUCCUCAAGCUGUGAGACCGGUGCAUGAAAGACUUGGAACAACCCCUGACCUCGCUGCACCCAAGUCACCCAAAAUCGAACCGAAGCCAUCCGAGGAGAUCCGUAUCAAAACUCUCGAAGAGAUCCGGCAAGAGAAAGCUGCCAAGUCUCAGACCCAACGCAAAGGUGUACGGCUUGUCUCAGAGCUGCCAAUAAAGACAUUAACCUCUGCCCAGAAAUCGAACAGGCCUGUGAGUGGAUCACAGGUGAAGACCUUCUCGGAGAUCCUGCAUGAGAAGAAGAAGCUGAAAGAGGAGAAGACAACAGGACCUAAGGAGGAAGGUUCCAGCUCUGAGAAAGGUGAAGUCUCUGCACAGGCUGGUGCAGGUAAAGUAGCUGCUCCAGCCGAAGAAGUCCGAGUGAAGACCCUCGAAGAGAUCCGCAGGGAAAAAGCUGCAAGGAUGCAGGCCCAGGUCCAGGAGACCACCAGUGACAACACCUCAAGUUCAAGCGAUGUGGCUCUUAAGAGGCGGAUUCUUCGUGUCGGCAAGAACACAGCAGCUACUCCAGCUACCAAUUCUUCACUGAAGAAACAACCAGAUUCUGAGGCGAAAACGGAUCGUGUCGCAGAGUCUGUUGCAGCGAGUGGAAAGCCUGACUCCUCCAGCCAGUCUGUUACAGUAAAGAGCUUUGAAGAGAUCAUGCGAGAGAAAAAACUCCGCAAACAGCAGGAGAUGCAGGCCAACAAGCUCGAGCAGCCUGACCAAAAGCCAACCCUGACACCUUCUGAGGAGAAGCCUCCAGCUACAGUCAGGCCACGGAUAACUGGACCUCCCGCAUCCCCACCGUCCCAAGAGCCCUCAAACCCAGCUAAGCUCCCUAUACAGCAGCGUCUCGGCCUUAAAUCUCAGACCGCCACGUCUGUCCCCAGAGUAUUACCACAGAAGACCCCUGCAGAGCAGCAAGCCAAGAAGAGCUCUCCAGCCCCAAGUCCUAAGAAACUGAGGCUUUCACCUGCUGAAGAUCCUCCUGUGCAAAUGUCAGAAGUGGCAACUUCUCCAGACAUCCACUUACAGGAGCCACAGACCGAGAAGACCCAAGAAGCUCCCAAAACCUCUCCAUGCAAAACUGUUGAAACUAAGGUGAGGCCCAAGCUGAAUGUAAAACCCUCUGUGAUGAAGCCAACUACUCAGGUGAAACUAGGCCAGAAGAGGAAGGCAGCAGGGAGCCAUGGAUCUGCAGUCGCUGCAGUAAAACCUCUCAACGCUGUUCUGGUAUCUGAAACUGAACCAGCAGUUUCAUCUGAAACUGAACCACCCUGCAAGCGUAAAGAGUUGUCUGCUCCAGUCUGCAGUUCGGAAGUUGGAUCUAGUACCCAAGAAAUAUCGUUUGUUACAGAAGAGCCCAGUAUUCCCAAGAAAACCGCAUUCUCAGGGACUGGACCCGUUUCUGUUCCUCAAAGCCCCGUCAUCAGAACACCUGCCUCCAGGGCUCGUCGUUCAAGUGUGGUGUCUGCACGCACUGCCGCUACUCCAGCAGCGAACUCAUCAGUGGACGACUUCGAGGACCUUCUGGACGAGUUCACUGAUGAUAAACUGGAGGAUGAGAUGCAGUUGGACCCAGGGAUGGGUGAAGAUGAUCUCCUGCUGGAGCUCUCAGAAAUGAUUGACAGCUAGACUUUUGAGCUCAGGACUUCACCUUUUUCAGUUAAUUACUCCUGAGCCCUGUGUGCCCUUGUGCCCCAACCCAAAGUCACUGCCACCUUGGAUUAGAAUAUGGACUGAACUUUUAAAUUCUUUUGAGCCUAUAUUUUCAUGAUUUUAAUUUAGCGCUGCAUUAUUCUUAUUGCUUUUAAAGAGUUUUAUUUUAAACCUGAAAUCAUUGUCCUGUUUAGUUUUCUUUUUAUUUGCUGGUUUAAGUUUCUUUUUCUAUUUAAAUGUUAUAUUUCUGCCUAUGUCAUAUAUGUUCACUGUUAAUAGCUUUGAUCACAUUGGAAAUAUCAGGAUAAACAUUUUAUAAGAAAUUGUUGAUCAAGCUGUUAAAGGAAACCAUCCUCAGGAACAGGAUUGUACUUAGUUGAAUAGCAUAAAGAUGUUAAUCAUGUAUUGAUGCAGAAAGUAAUUAUUUGUAUACUGUGUAUGCUUUUGGAGAGCUUGGAGCGAAAGACUUGGACAGCUAGGAAGGCACCUGAUGUUUUGUUCAGUGCUCUAUUUGUGCACAUUUUCUGUUUUUUUCUGUUUUGACAUUUUCUGAGUCUGAUAAAUGUUCUUAAGUCUUAAGUGCAUGAAGAGUUUUUUUCCCUUUUGUUUAAUGAGAGAUUUUAAUGUCAUGUUUAAUCUGUUUAGUUUAUGCACCUGAAACAGUUUCAUGAUGGAAUGAUGUAUGGCUGAAAAAAUGUAUUGGAACAGAUUUUUUUCAGAAUGGAUUUUUUGGGCACUGGUCAGUUCUGAAAUGCCCUCACAUGAAUUUUGCUCUAUAUAAAACUGUUUAUUUGGGACCAUUUGCAUUCUCUGUAUUUCCUGUCCAAGUAUUUCUGUUUAACUCUAUGCCCCCUUUAGUCUCCUGACUAAUGUAACCAUAUAUUGUGAAAGGGUUGUUCUCAGGGACUGUUUCAGUGUAUUUUGAACCAUGAUGGAUUAAAUACUCAUUCACUUGCGUUCUAUCAUUUUAAA